GCCACCGGACCAUUGUAAACAGAUGACCGACCGAUCAACCACCUUUUCAAUCUCAAAAUAAUUCAUCAUGAUAUAUGAUAAUUUUUCGAUAGAAAUUUUUUUUGCAAAGAAAAUGAAAGAAAUAAUUAUUGCAAGUAGUAUAGAUCAAUGCGCAGUCAGGCGACUGGUGUAAGUAGUAUGGGUUCGAAUGCGAUCAGGCAAGUGGUAUACGAAAAUUUUUUUUUUAGACGCGUUUCAAAAGGAUUUCAAAUCACUGUUCGGUAACAUUUCAUCGUUGAAAGUUCAAGGUGUACGCGUGUCGCAAAGUUUUGUGCGCGAAGCGCAAUUUGUCAUUUGGAAAAUAAACGUCGAUGCCUCGCAGGCUUCAAAGUGAUCCCGACUUUCGAGUAAGCUUUUCGUUUGAAGCGUGUUUAACUCUGAAAAUAAACAAUUCCACGAAUGAAUUAAGCUCUGUGUACUUUACGUUACUUUGUCAGGAAACUUUUUUCCCCUUCCUCGAGUAUAUACAGUUGAUCGGUCAAUUUUCUUUCAUGCUUUAAAGGAAUCUAUCAUUUUCUUGGCAGACUUUGCGUUUCACAGACUCGCAAUAAAUUAUUCUGACAAAGUUUCAUAAAUAUCACCAAAUGUAUCAGUUUUUUCAGUUAUAAAAGAUACAGAAGCAACUAUUUAUAAACGCGAUGCUAUAACUAUUACAAUACAAUUUGUACACCUAUUUUUAAUCUCGCAAUUCUUAAUUUUUUUCUCUGCCAUCGAUCACUGCUCGAACAACCCUUCCGGCAAUUAACGCGUUAAUAAAUGCCUCGUUACAACAUAAUUAACGAGGUAUCGAGGUGUUCCUCGGAAACAGAUGUUGCGUUACGUAAAUUUGCUUAUCGGAGCAAGGGAAACGGAGGAAAGGGGUCUCGUUGAAUUCCUCGACCGAAUUACCGGUCUCGUCUGGGUGAAGGGUGCUCGAAACGGAACGUCGGAACGCAAAGAGACGUGGCUGGUGAAAUUUCAAGCGUUGCUUUCCGCGUUCUGAAAGCUCUAGCCCUCGUGCUGGGCCACUUUAAGCUUCUACCGGGAAGCAUCCUCUCCUCGAGUCCCGAAACGAGUCCGGGAUGAGACUAGGCUCGUCAUUCGACGAAACGCACCGACACUGGUCAGCUGUGACGAUGGACAGAAGAAAAGAAAAAUUUUUCAUGAUAAAGAAGAGGCACGUUGGCUGAAGAAGCUUGAAAGAAAUCGUACAAUGAACGAGGAGAAGAAUGUUUAAGCAUUGUGUUUGUGACGUGAAGAUGUUCUAGACAGCUCGAGACAGUUUUAAUUCGUCGUUCUUCAAUUUUCUUCUCUCGUCUAAUGGAACGUUGAUUAGGUAACAGGGUUGAUUAGUGUACCUACCUAUCGCAGUGCAACGAAUGGUAAAUAUAAUUUAGCAAAGACGAAAGAAGAAUACUAAAGAAGCCUAAAAUAAUGCUAAAGAUAGGAAUGUUUCCAUAGGAUAUUACGCUCGGCAAGAGAUCCCAGCACGCCCACGUGUGACGUAGAAGCGGGCCGCGGCGGCCGUAUCGAGGCCGAGAAUCGAGAGACUUUCGUCAUUAGCUGGUGUUUCGAGACGAUCGGAUCGCGCUGAGGAAAUGCCAUUCAGCCACACGAAAGCGAGAAUAUUAAUGCGCUUAUAAAUAAACCGGAGGAAAAAUCCAGCGGGUAGAGGUGGCGUCGCGACGCUUCUGCUUCACCAUCGGACUGCUUCUCCGCUUUGAAACGCAGCAUUCCCUCGGUGGCACAAGCUUAGUUCCGCUCCACCUGGCCAACGCGUCGAAAUACCAGUAUUUCUAGUACAGAACACCCGCCGUAUUGUGAUUCAUCCUGAAAGAGCAGAGAAAUAGAUGAGUUAUGGUGGUUGAGAAAGGUUCGAGUAAUUAUUGAAAAUUAGAAGUGAUCCAGACUGUUCAUUGAAGAGGUUUCAAGAAUUUUGUGAUUGUGAGAGAUUGAAGGAAGUUUGAAGAGAGUAGUUUUUAAGUCAGUUGAAGAAAAUGGAAAAUGUUUUGAAGUGAAGAAUAAAGAGUUUCGUAUAAUUCAAGGGAAGUUAAUUAAAAAGUACCUUUGGAGAAGUUUAAAAGAUAAAAAAUCAAAGAACCAAAGUGGAAACUAAAACCAGAAGAGAAACAAUGAAGAAGAAACUUGGAAAAGAAGCUUUAAGAAAAUCAACAAAUAAAAUUGAACAAACUGUUAAGAUCUCAAGGCCAACUAAAAAGUGAAAAUUUCAAUAAUUUUAAAAAUACCAAAAGAAAGAGGAUUAGUCAGUUGAACAAUGAAUAAGAAAGCGAACAAUCAAAAUUCCAAAUACGUCAUACCGACCAUGAAACAGUGAUAAAAUUCCAUCGAGUACAAGACACGUAACCAGCCAUGCUGAAGAAUUCAACGAAGCAAGUCAAUUCAGCGGAUGCUUCCGCGUCGUCUGCUUCCGGUCCGGCCAGUCCAUCCGCUGUUGAGACCACCCCGAAGCCAAGGAAGAAACUGUCGUUCAAGGAACCUGAAAUAUUCAACUAUCUGAAGUUGAGGAAACCCUUUGGAAAAGCGAAACCUCCGCCCUUGCGACUGACUCGAUCUACCGGCAGUGUCGAUUUCAAUUUCGACGAGAACCCCUUCGAGGAGGAGAACGAUGACCUCGAGGAGCUCGAGAGUCAAGCGAUGAGGGUGGUCAGAACGGUAGGACAAGCUUUCGAGGUGUGCCAUAAAUUAAGUAUAAACAACGCCACGGAAGAUCGGGAGAGAGAGAAAGAACGGGAGAGAGAUCACGAGAAUCAUCGUGACGUUUACGAGGACCAAGACGAAAUACCGAACGAGCAGUCCCAGCCAUCGCCGUCUUCUGUGCACAAAGAUAUAUCACUGUUAGGGGACACGGAGGACUCGGUGGCGGAACAGACGACUGUUCCCUGUCUUCUCAGGUCCCAUGAGGUUCCAGCGACCACUGCCUCUACCUCGCCGAUUAGACAAUCGCCAUCGGGCAUGGUGACCUCCGAUUGUGGAGGAUUACUGGUUGGAGGAGAGUUAACCGCUCUGAAGCAUGAGAUUCAGCUGUUGCGAGAACGAUUAGAGCAACAAAGCCAACAAACCAGAGCCGCCGUUGCCCAUGCGCGACUUCUUCAGGAUCAGCUUGCGGCUGAAACGGCAGCUCGCGUUGAAGCUCAAGCCAGGACACACCAAUUGUUGAUGCAAAAUAAAGAGUUACUAGAACAUAUAGGUGCAUUGGUUGGUCAUCUCCGAGAACAAGAACGCAUCUCGAGUGGUCACGUCACCUCACAGUCUCAGAUUCCUGGCUCAGCAACGAUGCAGCAAACUACUACCGUUCCUGACUUAUCGAACCUCGGCCAGUGUCCACGAACAGGAGGUCAAAGUUCACCAUGGGAACUGGAUCCACCUUCUCCGUACUGCUCUUAUCCACCAGAAUCGCUGUAUGCUGGGAACCUGAAUACAAUAGGAAUUCAAGGGAACAGUACCUCGGCGGAUCAGUUGCAGUUUCAAACGCAGCUUCUGGAAAGGCUACACAACAUAAGUCCAUAUCAGCCUCAAAGGUCGCCUUACAAUACACCUUCCCCUUACGCGAUGGGUCCUAGUCUUCUUCUACCUCCUAGUAGUAGACCAUCUAAUUCAGCUCAGUUGUCUCCAAACUCCAUGUCAUUAAGAGUCUCUCAACCCAACAGUUUCUCAUCAUCACCUGUAAUGACACAUAAAUUAGAUAGUUAUGGUGUAAAUCCGGAUAUCAUAGACUCAAAGUCAACGUUCAUUAAACCACUACCGUGUACUGGUGAAAGGAACACUGUUCACUUGGUUCAGGAAGCAAAGGGUAAGCAGGAUCGAAUCAAUCCUCAUGAUGAAAUACCACCAAUCGUACUGGAUCCUCCACCUCAGGGUAAACGUUCAGAAGCUACCGCUAAGCAGGCAAAAGAGAACAGGAAUGGUAUGAACAAUAAAAAAAAUCCAGUGAAGCAGAAGACUCUGGCAACUAUUUUGAGAACACCUGGACCACCUCCGUCGCGUACAACCAGCGCACGAUUGCCUUCGAGAAGCGAGCUGAUGUCCGAGGUGCAAAGGACUACUUGGGCACGUCACACGACCAAAUGAAAAGUUUUUCCUGUAAACUUCAAGAAAUAUUCUUAACAUAUCAUCUCAUAGAUAGAACAACUUUUAAUAAAAAUAGAUCUUUUUUUUCAAA